AUGAAUACUACGUUAUCAAUAAUGGAAGACAUAGAAAAUUAUUAUCAAAAUAAAAGAUCAAACACUCAACCUUUUACACAUAAAGAAUUUGAAUCAUUAGAUAAUCACAACAUCAAGCAAAGUACCACUUCAAUAUCAAACUCAAUCAAUAGAAAAAACAUACCGUUACAAGAAUCAUCAAUCAACACACUCAAAACGAAUAACCUACUAUCAUCCAAAUCAUUCACAUCUCCAAUAAAACCAAUAUAUCAUAAUAACUCAAAAAAAAGAUCGCCUAAUACCCCAACUAUUGCUUUGGCUUCUCAACAUACAAAACGUAGAUUUGAUUUACCCAAGUUAGAGUUAAAUGCAACAGAUUUAUCACCGAUAAAACACAAAGGAGAAAGAUUGAAAUUACAAAAGGUGUCAGAAAACAAGGAGGAAUUGAUAAGUAUGACGGAGCAGACUAAACCUGAGUGGUUCGCAUUGACGUCAAGGGAAGCUAAACAAAAUAUGGAACUAUAUAUUUCACAACAAAAAUUGAGUGAUAUGGAAGAAAUAACAGAGUUUCUAAUAAUGGAAAGAAAAUUUGAAAUUGAGGCAGGCUUAUAG